UCUUGUGACCAUGGGGCAAUAGGUUGGACUUCCUACGCCCUCUCAGAGCUCGUUGCUUCCCAGCAACUUAUGUAAUUGACGUUCCGUGGAUGCCAUCUCGAAUCCUUUCAUUAAACUUUUGUGGAUCUUCUCUAGUUAAAAUUCUUAAAUUUAAGACAGCCAAGUUCUCAAUUCUCUCCCACCCUAUCAUCUCCCUCCUAGAAAGAUGCCAAACACUUGCUCAACUGAAGCAAAUCCAAACCCAGAUGGUUCUUUCUGGCUUGAUUUCAGAUUCUCUUGCUGCCAGCCGACUCGUUGCCUUCUGCACCAUCUCCGACUCGGCCGACCUGGAUUACGGUAGCUUGCUACUGCUCAAUCUCAAGAACCCAAAUACCUUCUCAUGGAAUGUUGCAAUUCGUGGCUAUUCUGAUAGCGCUCGUCCAAAAGAAUCGAUUUUUUUAUACAAAAGGUUACUUCGAUCGACUGCUCAGCCGGAUUACUUCACGUUUCCUUUUCUGUUCAAGGCAUGCAGUAAAAUUCCGGACUUUGGAACUGGCAUUCUAGUUUUCGGGCACGCUCUGCAGCUGGGGCUGUGUGCGGAGGUGUUUGUGUUCAAUUCGUUGAUGCGUUUAUUUGUAGUUUGUGGUACUUUAGCUGAUGCACGCAAGUUGUUCGAUGAAAGUUGUGUUAGAGAUCUGGUUUCUUGGAACACUUUAAUAAAUGGCUUUGUUCAAAGAGGGAAACCAAGAGAAGCAUUGGAUCUGGUUAAAGAAAUGGAGGAAGAAGGGAUUUUUCCAGAUACUGUCACUAUGCUUGGGGCAAUUUCAAGCUGUGCUCAACUCCAAGCUCUGGAACUGGGAAGCAAAUUUCAUCAUUUUUUGGUUGAGAAUGGGUUGGAUUUCACCGUGACUUUAAACAAUGCUCUCAUUGAUAUGUAUAUGAAAUGUGGGAGUUUAGAGCUAGCACGCACUUUAUUUGAUGCAAUGAAGAGGAAAACCAUGGCCUCAUGGACCACGAUGAUCACGGGCUAUGCCAAAUUUGGUUUUUUAGAUGUUUCAAGGAGACUGUUUGAUGAAAUGCCAGACAAAGACAUCAUUCCAUGGAAUGCUUUGCUUGCUGGUUAUGUCCAAAGCAGACGUGCUAAAGACGCGGUAGCAUUGUUUCAUGAGUUGCAAGCUUCAACCAUAGAACCUGAUGAGAUUACCAUGGUCAGCCUUCUAUCUGCAUGUUCUCAUCUUGGGGCCUUGGAAAUGGGGAUUUGGGCUCAUCAAUACAUUCAAAAACGCAAAUUUAGCUUAAAUGUAGCCUUGGGGACUGCUUUGGUAGAUAUGUAUGCGAAGUGUGGCAACAUUGAGAAGUCUUCCUAUGUCUUCAGAGAGAUGGCUGAUAAAAAUGCUCUAACUUGGACAGCAAUGAUCUGUGGCUUGGCAAAUCAUGGGCAUGCCUCAGAAGCCAUAAGACAUUUCCAAAAAAUGAUGGAGAUUGGACUUCAUCCUGAUGAGAUUACCUUUAUAGGAGCUCUCUCUGCCUGCUGCCAUGGCGGUUUGCUUCAUGAGGGUCGGAUGUUCUUUUCUCUCAUGACUUCAGUUUAUAAGCUGAAACCGACUCUUAAGCACUAUUCAUGCAUGGUGGAUCUUUUGGGUAGAGCUGGACUGUUGCAUGAAGCAGAAGAAAUGGUGAAGAGUAUGCCUAUUGUAGCUGAUGGCUUUGUAUGGGGUGCUCUAUUCUUUGCAUGUAGACUUCAUAGGAAUGUUGCUAUGGGGGUGAGGGCUGCAACAAGAUUGCUAGAGCUGGAUCCAAGUGAUAGUGGCAUCUAUGUUUCACUUGCAAACUUGUUUGCUCAAGAAAACAUGAGGGAUGAGGCUGAUGAAGUUUGGGCUUUAAUGAAGGAGAGGGGUGUGGAGAAGACCCCUGGUUGUAGUUCCAUUGAGGUCAAUGGGGUUGUUUAUGAGUUCAUAGUGAGAGACACUUCUCAUCCUGCAUACGAAGAGAUUUAUACAUGUUUAAAGCUUAUCUACGAGCAAAUGAAGCACUUUGAAAGUUGUUCUCUGUUCUUUUGAUGACACAAGGUUUGAUGCUUUAUGGAAGAACUGGAAGCAAGAUGUGAAAGGCUUUGGACCAAUGGUGGCUGUUGUGCAAAAUUAAAUUGCAGAAUUGUUCCUUUGUGUAAAUUUCAUGAAAGCGAUUCUAUAAAGGUGAGCUGAAAACAAGAUAUAUUGAUGCUUUAACUCAAUGGUGGCAGAUGAAGCACCAUGUUAUCAGCAGUCUGUGAAGAAUGAAUUACAAAGGUGAAGAAGAGUUCUAAAUCCAACAGGAAGACUUCUGAUUUGAUGAGUCAUCUUAUGGGUUUGAUUCAUGUUUGCUGAAAGAUUGUACUCAUUUGGUAAAACCACCUGUUAUAAUAUCUAUUUUUUGA